GAACAUAUAUAUUCACAGAGCACUAGAGCAGAGAUAGAGAGAAGGAAAUGGAUUCAAAGAUAGCAGAAGCUGAUAAGGCUCAUGCAGUUUGUAUUCCAUUCCCAAUGCAAAGCCACAUAAAGGCCAUGCUCAAAUUUGCAAAGCUUCUCCACGCCAAAGGUUUUCACAUAACCUUUGUGAACACAGAGUUCAAUCAUCAACGUUUUCUGAAAUCUGGAGGUCCCAACGCCUUAGAUGGGUUGCCUGACUUCCAAUUCAAAACUAUUUCAGACAGCCUACCUCCAUCGGAUCCCAACGCUACCCAAGACCGUGAUGCUCUUUGCGAGACCGUUUUGCAAAACUUCUCGGUUCCAUUUUCAGACAUCCUCCUCAAACUCAAAAGUACUGCAACUUCUUCAAACAAUCCUCCAGUCACUUGCAUCAUCUCAGAUGGUGCCAUGCCAUUCACUCAACCUGUUGCUCAAAAGCUUGGGAUCCCUAUUGUAAUGCUCUUCACGAUCUCAGCUUGCUGUAUAGAGAGUUUUAUGCAUCUUCCUCGUCUUAGUGAAGAAGGCUUCACACCCCUUAAAGAUGAGAAUUAUUUGAGAGAUCUCCCAGAUUCUUCUAUUACAUCAGAUCCAAAUAAUCCUGUCUUCAAAUUGACCGUUGAAGUAGUAGAGAGAGCUCCUAAAACUUCUGGAAUCGUUAUUCACACAUUUGACGCAUUAGAGCAGGAGGUUUUGGAUGCUCUCUCCCCCAUGUUUCCUUGUGUAUAUGCCAUUGGCCCUCAGCAACUACUACUUAAUCACUUACCCAAAGACCCUCUGAAAUCAACUGGGUAUAGCAUGUGGAAAGAAGAGACUGAGUGCCUUAAUUGGCUUAACUCUAAGGCACCCAACUCAGUAAUUUAUGUGAACUUUGGAAGUGUCACUGUCUUGACACCACAGCAGUUGGUUGAGAUUGGUUGGGGACUAGCAAAUAGCAAGUUCGAGUUUUUGUGGAUAAUUAGGCAUGAUUUAGUUGUCGGUGAAUCACCGAUUUUGCCACCUGAGUUUGUGGAAGAAACUAAAGAAAGAGGACUAAUAACAAGUUGGUGCCCUCAAGAGGAAGUGCUUAAACACUCCUCCAUUGGAGGGUUCUUAACUCACUGCGGGUGGAAUUCGAUUAUUGAAAGCAUUUGUGCAGGAGUGCCCAUGAUUUGUUGCCCAUUCCAUGGGGAUCAGCCCAUAAACUGUAAGUAUGCUUGCAAUGAAUGGGGCAUUGGCAUUGAGAUUGAUAAUGGGGCCAAGAGAGGGGAAGUGGAGAAGAUUGUGAGAGAGUUGAUGGAGGGAAACAAAGGCAAGAAAAUGAAGAAAAAGGCCAUGGAGUGGAAAAAAUUGGCCGAAGAGGCCACUGGUCCACAUGGGUCUUCAUCCAUCAACUUCGACAAGUUGGUGAAUGAUGUUCUUUUAUCAAAAGGAUAGAAGUUUUAGAAGAAAGUGAUAAUAAUGAAAAAGGUCUUAUCAUUUAAAAUUUUGGGCAUAGUCUUUUCAUUUCAAAUAAACAAAUGUCUUUUCAUUUUAUAUUUUCAUAAUUUCAUAUAUUACUAGUUGAAUACGUUGUCUUUUAAUUUUUCAAGAAUUAUCUUAUAGGAGUUAGUUUCUAACAUUAAUAAUACUUUGUAAUUGGCACUA